CUUUUAUGUUGCUCAUAAAAUUCUCUGAUGGCUAUUUCGUACAUUUUGCUAGUUUUCUCCUGGUCAGAGGGACCAAUCAGAGAGCCUGAUACUUAAACUUUUUUUUCCUUUUUGAAGCUUUCCCCUCACAAAAAUAUAACUUUUCACCGUCGGAAGGAAGUUUUACCGUUUUGAUUCACUUUCUGGAACAUUUGACCAAGAUGUUUUACUACCCGGUUGUUUUACGGCGACAUACUGGAUGUUUCUCAACGAUUUGGUGGAGCAAUUUUACUGCAAGAGCUAACGGAGCAAGCUGUUUCCCCUCUUGAUGUACCGUAGGCUGGUGGCCACUGGGGGCAUCAGGGUCCCUCGCCGGGAGUUCCUGAAAGUCAACGUUAAACGCACCUGUGAUGACAUCAUGGACUACUUGCUGGAGCAGGUCCCGCCUCCUCAUCCCAGCCUUCCGCGCCCUCGCUUCUCCCUCUACCUGUCCUCCCAGCUGCAGUAUGGCAUCAUCCUGGUCUUCCACCGCCAGUGUGCCAUUCUUCUGGAGGAGCUUCAGUCCUUCCUGAGUCAGCUGUUGAAGCAGAGGAAAUCCCGACAGCUCGACAUGGACGACCAGGGCAGACAAGUUUUGCUCCUCCCGGAUGCUCUGUCUCACCUGGAGGACGCAGAAGGAGCGCCUGAUCCGUUAUUUGGUGUGAUGGAUGACAGACCGGCGAGUGUCACCGCACUUAUGGAGAUGGCAGAGGCUCACCUGCAAAGGGCAUCUCCUCACGAACUGACACCACGCCCCUUGGCCGCACCAAAAGGAAUCACUGCAUCACCAGAAACAAUCACCCUGAGAGAGACGGAGCUGGGCACCGCCCCUGCCGCACAGCUUCCUCGUUGGCAGUUUGAAGGUCCAGACCUAGCAGGCGACGUUGCAACUACACUCGAACUGCUGAUGGCCCAACCCGACGACUUCCUGGGGGAUAUGGACAGACGUGGGGUGGCUCCUGCAGAAGCAGAGGUGGAGCGAGAGAGGGCACCACCGAGGGGGCGAGAGAUGGACAGAGAGCCAACACAACCCACUUUUGAAUUGCAGCCAAUGACAGCUUCCAGCCAGGAUGCCACCUUGCUCUCACAGGACGAACCCAGAGGAAUACCUCCACCCAUUGAAGAUGAGCUGACCCCAGUAGUCUCCACCCCUGUCCUGUCCCCAAUGGCAACAACUGCAGCCAGAAGUGCCAAGACCGAGGCUGCACCCCUCUCAGGGGUCAGGGUGCCAAAGCGGAGGAGCAGCAGGCAGCUGAUUUUCUUCGACCCGGAGACGCAGAUCUCCCAGGAGACCAUGCAGAGGCAGAUCAGGGACCCUCUGAUGGAGACCAAGGCCCCGACGCUCCUCCCGCCUUUGUCGCAGAGGAGGAAAUCUGCUGGAGAGCUACUUGGUGCUCCUUGUAAUGUCCUGCCCGAAGAGCUGCUGUCGCUAUGGAAACAGGCCGCCACCAUCACACCCGUCGCUGCCACUGAGCUACGUCCCAGAGAGGGAGGAGCCGAGUCCAGUGAUUCUGAGCGCGAUCGAGAGCGCGAGCUGUUGGCAGAGAAGGAAUUGCCAAGGCCUGAGGUCCCCACAGGUGCAGCAGAAUUGGACAUGAUUGAUAUUUCAGGCCCUGGUUCGCUGGAGGUGUCCGCCCAGCAGGAGGUCUCUCGAGAGGUCUCCCCCGUGUACCCAGCAGACCAAGAUGUGUCCAAAUCUAUCUCCACUCUGCCGGACAUACCCGAGGUGGAGGAGCUGGGGAGAGCAUCAAAGUCUGUUGGGUUGUUGUCAAGGCUGGAGGAGCGGCAGGAGCGUGCAACUCUUUUUCACACUCUCCUGCCUCUGGAGGCCGACCGCAGAACUGUCAGCAACGUUUUUCAAAAGCUGCUUGGUCUUCUGUCAUCCAGGAAGCUGUGCGUGGAGCAGGACACGCCUUAUGGGGACAUCUUGAUCACUCCUGGUCCCAACUUUGAGGAGGAGUCCCUGUUGCUGUGAAACUAAACAUUCACUGUUUAGUUGCGAAAGUUUUACUCCUGUUUUUAAGUUUUUAACUUCUCAUUGAUGGUUCACUCUGUUGCUGUUUUAUUCCUGCUGUUAAGCGACUUCUCCCAUUUGUGUUAGCAUCGGAUUGAAAUAAGAUGUUUACGUGGACUGACUGUAGCCUUUAAAUCAACAUUUUGCCUCGCAAGUGUUCAGUUUUGUUGUUAUAUGUAACCGCAGCAUCCUUUCAUGUGGAACGUGACCUUCCAAAUAAACGGCCUGUAAAGAGAGCAUGCGCCGCGUGUUUGGGCUGUGCGGGCUAUGUCGAGAAGGACAGGUGUGGCAAAACACAUAGGCGAGGUUAAGGAGGUGCUAGGGGGAAAGUGAAGUGAAACUGGAUCUGCCACAUCUUGAUUCUUACUCCACUCUGAAGGGGUGGUGGGGGGUUGCCACUGAAGUUUAUUAUUAGUCUUAGCUCCGUCCCGGUUUCUCCUCUCACUUUUGCCCUUCGUUUCUUGUCUUGGGCUGCCUUCUUGGCUUGAUUUGCCAUUCACCCGUUUUGCCCGGCCUUCACUUUUGGUUUGCUCUGACAACAC